AUGUCAUCAUCUAAAUACGACCUCGCGCUCCGUCGCAUCGACGAGGCACACUCCGCGGACCCGAACAUCGUCACUGUCAAUGGCGCCCAAGUACCCUACGAACUACACUACGCGGACAAAAUGACCAAAUACCUCGACCUCCAUACCCCCUCAGCCUCCGAACCACUGCGUCUCGCCAUCCGCGCCCAACACCUCCGCCGAUGGGAAGUACCCCGCAGUUCAUAUCCGCAGACGAAACCAGGCUACUUUGCCUGGCGAACGUUCCUAAAGAAGCGGCAAGCGGAGCUCGCGGAGAAAAUCUGUCUGGAGAGCGGAUACUCCGAGACGGAGGCGGCGCGUGUUGCGGCUCUGGUCCGCAAGGAGGAUCUGAAGCAGGAUCAGGAGACGCAGGCGCUGGAGGAUGUGGCCUGCUUGGUGUUUUUGGAUGACCAGUUUGAGGAAUUCGAGAAGGGGUAUGAUGAGGAGAAGAUUAUUAGUAUUUUGCGCAAGACGUGGGGCAAGAUGUCAGAACGGGGCCAUGAGCUGGCGCUGAAGAUUCAGAUGUCGGAUCGGGCGAAAGAGUUGGUUGGGAAGGCACUGGCCGCGUGA